AUGCGCUUCAGCAUUGCCAUUGCGGCCUUGAUCCCCUUGGCCUUUGCCAAGACAUCCUACAAAAACUGGAAGGCGUACUCCAUCGACACUGCCGGCUCUACCCAUGAUGAUGUGGUGAAGGCCCUGAAGGGAAUCAAUCACAUCCCGAUCGGCGAGCAUCACGAUGCUAUUGAAGUCGCGGUGGACCCGAAAAGCCUUGGCAAGUUUGAAGGUCUUGACUUGAACGUCAAGCUUUUCAUCAACGACAUGGACGAAGAGUUUGCCAAGGAGGGAGCAUUUGAGGAACUCGGCGCUGCACGCACUCAUGGUAGCAAGAAGGUUGCCUAUCCCGACCAGUCUUACUUCAAGUCCUACCAUAGUUUUGAACAGCACACCCAGUUCCUCAACGAUCUGCAGAAGUCGUUCUCCAAGAACUCUGAGGUUUUCACCACCGGCAAGAGUGUUGAGGGCCGAGAGAUUAAGGGCAUUCACCUCUGGGGCAAGCGCGGCAAGGCCAAGAACCCAGCCAUCAUCUGGCAUGGAAAUGUCCACGCUCGCGAGUGGAUUAGCAGCAUGACUGUCGAGUACCUGGCCUGGAAGCUAGUCCAAGGUUACGGCAACAAGGAAAAGCUCGUUCGAUCAAUCAUUGACACUCAUGACUUUUAUAUCAUCCCAAUUGUCAACCCUGACGGCUUCGUCUACAGCAUCAAGUCCGAUAGACUUUGGCGCAAGAAUCGCUCCAAGGAUGACAAGAAAUGCAUCGGCACCGAUAUGAACCGCAACUGGCCCUACAAGUGGGAUAUUCCUGGCGGUUCUUCCACAAAUCCUUGCGAUGAGACCUACCGAGGUCGCAAGCCUGGCGACACUCCCGAAAUUAAGGCUCUCACAAGCCACGCCCUGUCUGUCAAGAAGAAGACAGGAAUUCGUUCCUACAUCGACUGGCACUCAUACAGUCAACUCAUUCUCCUGCCCUACGGCUACACCUGCGACCUCAACGCGACAAACACCAACUACCAGAUGAAGCUGGCAGGAGAAGUCGCCGCUGCAAUUGAAGACAACUCGGGAAGCGACUUUCUUUAUGGUCCAACUUGCCAGACCAUUUAUCAGACUUCGGGUGGAAGCAGCGAUUGGGUUUUCGAUGUUGCUGGGGCUGAAAUCGCCUGGGGUAUUGAGCUUCGGCCUGGUCGGUUGACAGGUGACGGCUUCGUGCUCCCGCCCAAGCAGAUCAUCAAGUCGGGUGAGGAGAUUUGGGCUGGUAUGUCGGCUUUGUUCAAGGACCUUGUGAAGAAGGACAAACCCAAGUAUGGACACUAA